GAGUUCAUGGAUUGGAAGAAUUAAUAUUGUUAAAGUGUCCUUACUACCCAAUGUAAUCUGUAGGUUCAUUGCAAUCUCUAUCAAAAUUCCAGAGGCAUUCCUUUCAUAAAUAUAAAAAAAUCUUAAAAUUCAGAGUACAGCAGAGGCAGCGGGGGAAGAUGGUGGUGGCCGUUCCACAGCAGGCCUGGACCAUGGAGCAGCUGCACAGUGAGCAACUACCCAAGAAGGACAUUAUCAAGUUUCUACAGGACCAUGGUUCAGAUUUGUUUCUUGCAGAAUGUAAGUUAUUAGGAAACAUUAAAAAUGUGGCCAAGACAGCUAACAAGGGCCAUUUGGUUACAGCCUACAACCAUCUUUUUGAAAGUAAGCGUUUCAAAGGUACUGAAAGUAUAAGUAAAGUGUCUGAGCAGGUGAAAAACGUGAAGCUUAAUGAAGAUAAACCCAAAGAAACCAAGUGUGAAGAGACUCUGGAUGAGGGUCCACCAAAAUAUACAAAAUCUGUCCUUAAAAAGGGAGAUAAAACCAACUUUCCCAAAAAGGGAGAUGUUGUUCACUGCUGGUAUACAGGAACACUACAGCCAGGGAUCCCUGUUUUUGAUACUAAUAUUCAAACCAUCUCAAAGAAGAAAAAUGCCAAGCCUUUAAGUUUUAAGGUUGAAAUAGGCAAAGUUAUCCGAGGAUGGGAUGAAGCACUCUUAACUAUGAGUAAAGGAGAAAAGGCUCGACUAGAGAUUGAACCAGAAUGGGCUUAUGGAAAGAAAGGACAGCCUGAUGCCAAAAUUCCACCAAAUGCAAAACUCAUUUUUGAAGUGGAAUUAGUAGAUAUUGAUUGAAAUAGCAAUGCUUCAGAUAUAAAGACAUUAGCAACAAUAAAACAUGGCCUUGAAAAAACUUACAUAACUAGAGCUGGUUACUAUUGUAAGGGGAGAGUCAACUGGAAAAUUCAAGAACUCAGAUAUUGUUUACCCAAUCCCCAACUUUUAAUAUAUGUAAUCCAUCAUAAUUCCUUAAAGUUUGAGAUAUUUUACUACAGCUAUGUAAAAUAUUAGUUAAGGUGAAAUGACUUUCCUUUUACCUCAUGUUGUAAACUAAAAGGCUCAAUAAAAAACGUAUUAAGUGUCUUGAAAAAAAAUCUUAAAAUUCAAAUAGAAACACAAGAUUCCAAAUAGUCAAAGCAAUUUUGAGCAAAAAGAACAGGGCUGUAGGCAUCAUGCUUUCUGAUUUCAAACUGUACUGCAAAGCUUUAGUAAUCAAAACAGACUGGCACUAGUAUAAAAACAGACAUGUAUGUAGACCAGUGGAACAAAACAGAGAGUCCAGAAAUAAGUCUACUACUUUAUGAUCAAUUGAGCUUUGACAAGAGUGCCAAGAAUAUACAGUGGGGAAGGAACUAUCUCUUCAAAAUAGUUUGAUUGUGGU